AAUACGACCUAUGGGAAAUAUGCACUCAUCUAUAUACUAAACGUUAGUAUGUAGAUCAGCGGAGAUAUGGGUCAAAGAUAUUACAUAUUUUGACUGAAGGUCUGAAGAUUGGUAUCAGUUAACGACUGGUUCGCCCGUAUUUGGCUGUGCCAAACGACCCUUUCUGUAAAUUUGUAGUUAUAACGAAACGUGCGCAACCGGUUGACAUUCGUUAUUCGUGAAUUCGUGAGUAAUACUUUCUCUGCAGUGCAAGUGAUAGAUCAAGUGACAUACUUAUGGAAUGUGUGCACCAAGGAUUGGACUAAGCCUACGCUGCCAAGCCAUGAAAUAGCAAUCAUUUUUAUAGACUGAGGAUCUUCUUUACCGCCUAAGAUGAUUCUCUGGAUACGAAUAACGAAAAGGGGAAGAUCAUCAGCUGUUCAAAAUUUGAACCGCCACGUUGCUCGUAUCGGUCGGAGAUGGGUCGUAGUGGCGGGUCAGCCGGGGAAAGUCUCGAAGUGGUGGCAAACGACAUUGCCAAGAGUGCACGUUAUAUUACCGUGGCGAUAACGUCGGGUUUAGAAAAGCAGUUCUCUGCUCAAACAGAGCUCAGAUUCAAAACUGCAUUCACAGUUCGCACUUGACGAUUGAAUUUUGAAUCAAGUUUAAAGUUGGAAGGCAUCUCGACCGCGAGCAAGGCAUCAUGGGAAAAGACAACCUCACAGCGGUGCUAUACAAAAUUAAUGACCUUCGACUGGAGCAAACUGAAAUUCCUCAGCCAAAAGAUGACGAGGUCUUGCUGGAAAUGUCCUGUGUAGGAAUAUGUGGAUCAGAUGUCCACUACCUCGUAAAUGGCAGAAUUGGUGACUUUGUUGUCACCACUCCAAUGAUAAUCGGCCAUGAAGCAGCAGGAGUUGUGAGCAAACUUGGUAAAAAUGUGCAAAAUCUAAAGGUCGGUGAUCGUGUGGCCAUUGAACCUGGCGUGCCAUGUAGAACUUGCAGCUUCUGCAAACAUGGACGAUAUAAUCUUUGUAGGGAGGUUAUUUUCUGUGCUACUCCACCUGUACAUGGUAAUCUCAGACGUUUCUACACUCAUGCAGCGGAUUACUGUUUCAAGUUACCCGACCAUGUAUCCCUCGAAGAAGGUGCUCUUCUUGAACCUUUGUCCGUCGGUGUUCAUGCCUGUAAGCGCGCUGGAGUCACUCUUGGUUCACAGGUUCUGAUUUUAGGUGCUGGACCAAUUGGUUUGGUCACUCUGUUAGUCGCAAAAUCGCUUGGAGCUACAAGAAUCGUCAUCACAGAUCUCGUACAAAGUCGACUCGACGUAGCUAAGGAAUUAGGAGCGGACAAGACGCUUUUGGUAGAUAGGAACGAUGAUGAACCAACGCUGGUUAAAAAGGUCCACGCGCUAUUCGGCGACGAACCAGAUAUAACCAUCGACGCUUCAGGAGCUGAAGCAUCAACACGCUUGGCUGUGCUGGCAACGAGAUCAGGUGGCACAGCUGUCCUAGUUGGCAUGGGACCACCAGAAAUUAAACUUCCUUUGGUCCAAGCUCUUGCCCGUGAGAUUGACAUCAGAGGAGUCUUCCGUUACGUAAAUUGUUAUCCAGCGGCCUUGGAACUUGUAGCAAGUGGAAAAGUGGACGUGAAACGACUGAUAACCCACAACUACGAUAUCAAAGAGACUCACGAAGCAUUUGAGACUGCAAGAACGGGACGAGGAGGUGCGAUAAAAGUUAUGAUCCACUGCGAUCGUUCUUAAGCCAAUAAGGGUCAACUGUGUUCCUGAUAUUGAUUAUUAGUUAGGAGUAAUAACAAUAAUGCUAAUAAUAAUAUAUUUGACUCAAUUAAGAUGGGAAGAUUAAAUUGUAAAUCAACUGUAAGAGUUCAAAACUUAUUCCGUCGCAUAACAUUACCUAAUUACUAGUUGACGUCGCGGAUUAUUAUUCCCGUGAUGAAAUGUCGGGUAUCAAUAUAUACUUAAACGCAGUCAGCGGCGGAUCCUCGACAAUGUUUUAUUAGCCAUAAAUUUUAUAUUAUGAGAAAGAUAAUGAAGAUAAAGAAAAAAACGAAUGAGAUAAACCGCCUAGCUACAUCAAGAAGUACAAGUUCGAUUUUAAAAUAAAGAAUAUAUUUAAGAAAUUUAAA